GCGCUCCGAACAGGAUCGGCGCGAGAGGAAAGAGUGGUGUGCACGCGCCGGUGACGCGAAGAGAAAGUCAUUUACCACGUUGUUUCAAAGCGGUCGCACCACACGAGCUCCAGAAGCCGAGGCAAAUCACUUAUUUGUUAAUUUCGUGUCCUCGACGGAUUCCCCCGGACAGUGGAAACGAGAGCUUAGCCUCCCCUGCUUCUUCAUGCGCUUUCAUUGGGAUGGGCUAUUUUCAUAACGUCAUUUCAUUCCUCCCUCUUUUUCAUUUUCUCUUUCUUUGAUUCUUUCUCCCACCAUUUCCUAAAUGGAAGAGAUUGCACCACCCCGCGCGCUUUCUUGCCUGCAAAGUUUGGUUUCUGACUUAUACACAGUUUGCGCAGUCUCUUUCUCCUGGCUUCCCGUGAGUUUUGGACGACAGACAGUUUAACGGACCUGAAGUGGGAGUCAGAAGUGGCAGCGGUGGAAGUGUUAAUCAUAAUGAGGCUUAACCAUGAUUAACUGUGAAAAAUGAUCCACUAACGUGUCAGUGUUUUGCCACUUUUCGAGUCACGCGCUCCUUUUCCAACAUGAUGUAUUCUCCUCUCUGUCUAACUCAGGAUGAAUUCCAUCCAUUCAUUGAGGCAUUGCUGCCACAUGUGCGUGCCUUUGCCUACACCUGGUUCAACCUGCAGGCCCGCAAGCGCAAGUAUUUCAAAAAGCAUGAGAAGCGGAUGACCAAGGAUGAAGAGCGCGCCGUCAAAGACGAACUCCUGGGCGAGAAGCCCGAGGUCAAACAAAAGUGGGCGUCACGCCUCCUCGCCAAGCUCCGCAAAGACAUCCGACCAGAGUGUCGUGAGGACUUCGUGCUGUCCAUCACGGGGAAAAAGCCUCCGUGUUGUGUCCUCUCGAACCCUGACCAGAAGGGUAAGAUGAGGCGCAUUGACUGUCUGCGGCAGGCGGAUAAAGUUUGGCGUCUGGACCUGGUGAUGGUGAUACUGUUCAAAGGCAUCCCACUGGAAAGCACAGAUGGAGAACGGCUGGUAAAGGGCGGCCAGUGUUCCAAUUCUAUCCUCUGCGUCCAGCCUCAUCACAUCAGCGUGUCCGUCAAAGAACUGGACCUUUACCUCGCCUACUUUGUGCAGGAGAGAGAAGCAGAACAGAGCAGCAGUCCUCGCACAGGCAUUGGUUCAGAUCAGGAGGACAGCAGAGCAGCCACCAUGGAUGCUCCAGAGUUUCAGGAGAGCUUCUUGACUUCAGGGGUCUUCAGUGUAACAGAACUGGUGCAAGUAUCAAGAAGGGUGAUAGGAAUGAAGGUCCCACCUUACAGUUACACACCGGUGGUGACAGGCACAGGGCCAAACUUCUCUCUCGGAGAGCUGCAGGGACAUCUUGCUUACGAUCUGAACCCUUCAGGUGUCGGAAUGAGAAGGACCCUACCCAGCACUUCCUCCAGCGGAAGUAAGAGACACAAAUCGGGAUCCAUGGAGGAUGAUAUAGACACCAGCCCAGGAGGCGAGUACUACACCUCGCCCAACUCCCCCGCCAGCAGUUCACGUAACUGGCAAGAGGAGAUCGAAGGAGGAAUGUCUCCCACUGUUAAGAAGACAGAGAUGGAUAGUCCAUCCCCUCAGGAGAGCUCUCCACGCCUUGGCUUUACACAGCAUCACAGACCUGUCAUCGCAGUGCACAGCGGCCUCUCCAGAAGUCCACAUCCCUCCUCAUCUCUCCACUUUCCUGGUGGCCCCAUCCUCCCCCAGACUGCCUCUACCUACUUCCCCCACACGACCAUCCGGUACCCCCCUCACCUCAGCUCUCAAGACCCGUUGAAGGACCUGGUCUCUCUUGCCUGUGACCCGUCCAAUCAACAGCCCAGCCCGCUGAAUGGCAGUGGUCAGGUGAAAGUAUCCAGUCACUACAUCUCCUCUCAGAUGCUGGCCCCCCCACCACCCCCCGGCCUGCCCCGUCUGACGCUGCCCCCAGAGUCCAAAUCCAGCACCACCUCUGCAGAUGCAGCAUCCAGCUCACCCACCUCCCCCACAUACUCUGCUCCCGGGACGCCACCUGCCAACCGCUCCUUCGUAGGAAUUGGUUCUCGAGACCCUGGCAGUCUGUAUCAGGCACAGUCCUGGUAUUUGGGAAACUGACGAACACAUACACAGACAAACCAGAGGACACGGACAUGGAUUUGAAAAUCACAUUUUUGUGGAAUUUACCAGAAAAAGAUUUGUGAACGAGAUGCGAGAGGGAAAAUUUGAUAUAUAUGCAGUAUUUGUAUAUAUAUAUACACACACACAUAUAUAUAUAUACACAAUAUGUGUGUAUAGAUAUAUGUGCACACAUAUUUAUAUAUGCAUAACAAUGUAUAAGAUGCUUCAAUACACUUUUUCGAAAGGAGAACGGAAACGUAGGAAAGAAAGAGCAAGGUCGUGGAUGGAUCAGAAGAAAAGGAGAACAAUAAGGAUGUUGUUUUUUUUCGGGGACAGCCUGAACUAUGGCGUACAUUCGCAGACGUGUCAAAAACGGCCCACCCUGACUCUCUGCCUCCUGGAUCACCUCUCCUCCAUCCCCUUCUUCCGCUACAGGUGCUGCUUCCUCCAAUAUGCAAAAUAAGUAUCCUUUAUUUUCUUAACAAACAGAGAAGAGAAACCCAAAGGACAGGGUUUUAUUGCGCUAGGAUUUGGCCAGGUUCAGAGGUGAGCACGGUCUGUUUUUCUUUUAAAUGGGGCGACGUUAUGCGGAAAAGGAAACUAAAAGCUUUUGACUGGUUGAUGCUUCCGUUCACAUGACAUUUUCAAGAGGAAAAGGCAACUUUUCAUCCACGUUUAUUGACAAUCAUGCAUCUGCGUCCUUGGUUUUGCUCAAAUUGUGAUAUUUUUUAAAUUGCAUACUCCACCAUUUGUAACGGAGUUCCACUUUUUGGCGGAAGCCUGUCAUGUUUUUGUACAUCGGAGGACUAAUAGUGGUACCUUGUGACAUCAUACAUCACAGUCAGCGUGUAUACGCGCAUACACACACACACACACACACACACACACACUCACACACCUACAAAUAGGCUUUAAAGCAAAGGCAUGUACUGUUAAGGCUACACUAGGUGUGUGUGAGCUGUAAAACAGCCCGCAUAGGACGAACCAGGUAAUACCAGGGGUUAACUAGCACCUUCCUCUCUUCGCAAUAUGAAAGCCCCUUAUGUCCUGGACUGUGCUGUACGUGCGUGUAUGCAUGUGCACAAACUUCACAAAUAUUGGUAGUCCCUUAUUCAUCUCUGUGACUUCACAGAUUAUGGUUUUUGAUUCAUGUAGAUAGGUGGAGAUUUUCCACAAAGUGACAAAGGGAGUUGAAAUAUAAAGUUAUAUGUAGUUAUAUUAAUAACUAUAUAUAGUUCUGUCACUACUAAGACAGUAUUGGGUGUAGAGGAUAUUGUGUAAUUUGUUCAUAUGCAUUGAAAAUUACAGGCAUUGCACUACUUUGAAUUUUUAAGUUUCCUAUUUUGCAAAUUCCUUCCUUGGCCUAAUCGUAUGGAAUGCUGCAAAUCGUUUUUUUUUUUUUUUUUAGUCAUGUUCUGAUCUCAAAGUAGAUAAGGGUCGGUUUUCUAGUAGCUAAGAAGUUGAUCGCAACAUUUUUAAUGUAGAAGUCAUUUAUUCAAGAUCUCCAUGUUUAUGAUUACAUUUUUACAAUUCCCAUAGUUUAGGAAAAAAAGACAAGCUAUCCUUCCUAUGUUUCUAUUGCCGAAAAGUCUCUACUGGCUGGUUGGUGACUGGUUGCCACAGAAACGUUUUUUCUGCACUCUGAGAUGUGUUGAUUUGUACUAUUGAAAUAACAUCAGGGCUUUACUCUACAACGCUACCAAACUUAAAUCACGAAGCCAUGAAAAGUGCCUGAGACAUUGUGAGAUUUAAAGUCUUAUUUUAUGAAUUUUUUUUCUCUCUUUUGGAAGUUUGCUUCAUCUAUGAUAGGUUUUUGUAGAAAUAUAAGGGUCAUUUUAUGCCCAGAGAGAGAUAUAUGAAAGACCCGGCAAACCCCCCAAGCCUUCAUGUGCUGUACAGUGCAGAUGGCUACAAGAUACAUGAGCAUACCCCCUUGUUAUCUGCCAGAACAUGACAAAAUCAACACAUAUCAGAACUUUACUAGGUCCCUUGCAAAUAUAUAAACUGAAUAAUAUCCACACUCUGGUUGCUUUAGCUAAACUCUUUAAAUGGCUUUGCAUACACAUGCUGUUAAGUUGACCAUAGCAAGACCCAAAUACAUACAUGACUUGUUUUAAUGGUGCUGAUAUGAAAAUUAUAUGAAAAUCUCUCUCUAUAUAUAAAUUAUAUGUAACUGCAUGGUGCUUCCUAAAGAAAAAUCAUGAAAAUUAAGCUCAAACAACCACCGUAUCGCUGACAUAAGCGCAUGGCAGAUAAUCUUAGUAUUAACUAUGAAGCUAAACGCUCCCCGACUCCUCCUUAUGACCCCCUGUGAGCGAAGAGCCAAUGACACGGAUGGAUUUUACCUUUAUACUACAUUGGUUUUGAAUUUUAUCCAACAAUCCCUCUUCUACUUUGCACGAUAUUUUAUAAAACGUUAUGUGCCUUGCUUUUAGUUAAGAACAAUAAUAGAAAAUGAUUUUAAAAAAGUCAAUUUUUUAUGUAACCAGUGUCACGAUGGAAAAAUUCUUGCUGCAUGUUUGAUUGCCUGUCAUAAUCAGAUUAAGAUUAACCGGGUUACCCAAUAGCUGUAGGUUUGAAUUGGUAGGAAAAGCUUAUUUGAUCUUCUUCCUCUAAAGCGCCGUAGUUGUAUGUCCAUGGCAUGAGAUUGUCCCUGCAUUUGAACAUUUCAUUUUUCUCCGUUGAUUAAUGUAUUGAGAAUGUAAUAAAAUCUAUGAAUGACGGAGUAGCAGCUCUCCAUACCCAAUCCGAGCUGAUAUUUUGAUUACAUUUUUUACUUCUUUAAAAUUAUUUAGAAGGUAUGUAAUGUAUUUAAAGGCCACAACAGAAAAAUAUACAGAGUUUGUACAAUUUAAAUAUUUUUUACUCUUAAUUAGUUUCAAGAUUCACACGUUUAGGUGCCCAUUUGCUAACUAGCAUUUUACUUAUUUUCCCCACAGCACUUUUUUUAUUGUUCAUCGAAUGGUCGAAUUUACAUUUCUUUUUGUUUCAAAACACACUUAAGACCCUAAGUGCUUUUGGUUUAAAAAAAUUACUUGUGAGGGUUUUGUAACCCUGACUGCAAUAGAUUGUAUAGUAACGUGUGACAACGGAUUUCGGUAACACUUUCAAUAAGCUUGCAUUUGUUAUUAUUAUUUAAUGCUUGAACUAACAAUGAACAAUACUACUACAGAAUAUAUUAAUCUUACACCCUUUGUGCUAAACCAUGCCAUUUAGCACCAAUGAAGAACCAGAAGUGGUGAUAUAGUGCCACUAUAGACCAAUUUAGAGUAGACGUCACAGUUACGUCACUGCAAGCUGCGCGCGCAAUGCGGUUGCAGAAAAACAGUGGAAAUGAAUUAGACACGAGUGAAAAGAGCAAGAUAACUCACUAGAAAAUGUCCUGUUGUGCUGUUAAGUGUCAGAAUAAGAAUGCCAAAAAAGAUGGCUUUCAUUUUUAUAGAAUACCAUCGUCGAAGACAUCAUUUGAAGAUAAACGUAGGUGUUUAUGAUUACAAUUAGCCCUUAAACGGACAGAAUGGAGCGAGGAAAUCAUCUGGAAAUCUUUUAAUAAUUAGAAUAGAAAGUAGAGAAGAUGUCCGGUGUUCUGUCGAAGUCUGUUCCCUCCAUGUGUUUCUUAUAGCGUUUUAUAUAGCAAAUAUUAUGUUUACAUACUUAAUAAAUAUAUAAAUAUAGCACACACACACAUGAUGUAAAGUGUUAUUAAUAUAUAAACAGGCCUUUUUAAUGUAUGUUAAAACAUAAUACUUUUAUAAUAGUUUUAGAACAAACACGUAAGAUAAAUAUAAGGAAGAAAUAAUAGAAAACAGGAAAAUUAUGAAAUAUUUAAUAAACGCUAUUAUAUAUAAAACAUGAUAGUAUUGCUUUUAUAUGUACUUUAGCGAUUCAGACUGUAAAAAUAAUUGAUUUAGCAAAAAAGAACAAUACAUAUACAUUACUUACAUGCAUAUCAGUAGCCAAGCCAUUUAAACUUUUUAUCUAUCUAAAAAAUAAACGUAACAUGAUUAAAACGCUAUAAGAAACAUUGCACUAAAGGUACACAUAGGGGAAUCAGACUUCGACAGAACACCGGAUCCAUAAAAAUCACGGUUUAAUGCUAAAACACUUCACAACCCUACUGCGGAGCAGUCACUUUCUGCAACCAGUUUGGCUCCGCCCACAAAAAACGUCAUCUCUGUUUGCAAACACGAAAUUGGUCUAUAGGUGCUACAUGGCACUUAAAUGGUUACCCUAUGAUUAUAAGCCAGUGAACCACUUUUAAUGCUAUUUAGCACUAUAUUUCAUGGCAAUUUCAAUGUUUACUUAUACAUUUUUAUAAAUAAAAGUCGUAACUGUUAAGAUAAGUUAGUAAUAAACUACCAUGAACAAUUGUAUUGGCUUUAAAUAACAUUAAGAAAUAGUUAUAUAUGCUGUAAAACUACAUUGCUCAUUGUUAGUUCAUGUUAGUGAACGCAAUUAAACGAAUACAACCUUAUUGUAGUGUUACCAGAAUUUCUUUAUUAGCUAUUAUGUUUUGAUUUACAGAAUCCCUUGUAUAUGUCCAUAUAUAAAUUCAUUCAUAGAUCGCAUUCACAUGAAAUUUACUUGUCAAAUUGUGUAUAGACACAACAACAGCAAAAUACCAUGUAAACUGCUGACUUUGUAUUUUAGAAAAUGAUUUAAUGCACCAAGAUGCUUAUUUAGAUUUUUUUUUUUUUGAUGGUAGGAGAUAAUUUAUAAUUUCGUACUGUGUUGUGUCAGGGGAGUUAGGGAGAAGAUAUUGUGUAUUGGAGCUGGGUUAGGAAGGGCCAUGAGGUAGAUGUGACGCAGUGUACAGUAUUGUUUCUGCAAUGGAUAUUGCGAUGCUGGUAGCUAAUACAGUUCGCUUGUAGGUAUUUAAAGUUUAAGUUGAAUGAGAAAGAACGAGUUUUGUUUACAUGAUGUCCCUGGUAGUAAGAUCUUGGAGCAGAAAGCUUGUGAGCCCGCGUUUUCCCAUACCGGCCGAAUCGGAGUGCUUAAGCAAAAGGGCAUUCUAACCGUACCAUUAUCCAAACAUUUACAGGAGUGCUAAAGUCAUUCGGCACGCAUUUUUCUUGUGUGUAACAGGACAGGCGAUGGGUCAUAAGUCUGAGUCCGAGUUGAUUGGGGGCCUGUAGGCACAAUUACAGAGCAUGAGUGAUGAUUGAGGGCCCAGUCACCUACGUACAUUGCUUCCCCAUGCAACAUAUUGGAAUCAUUUUCUUUGAAACUUAAGUAUGGCUUUAGUUCAGACUUGCAUGGCCCAUCGUCUGUCCUGUGAAGAUUUGCACUGUUCCACGUUCAUCUUUUUAAAGCUGUUAACCUUCUGGCCAGGUUGGGAUUGUGGGCUCAGUAAACAGGGGUCUGAUCAUAUGGUUGAAUGGUUUGCUUUGUAUUGGAUAAUGGCUAUGCAAGACUGACAAAUCGCGCGGCGUUCCCCGUUCGUUUUUUUUUAAAGUGGCCACAUGUGAUGAUUGAAUUUGCGUCGACGUUAAUAAUGCAUUUUAGCCGAUGCAUGUAAAACAAAUAUUAUCUUAGCAUUUUAUUUCGAAACCCUUCACUAAUAUUUUAUAUUAUCGUUUUUAUGCGCGUCGUUGAAAUGUUACGUUUUAAACACAGUUUUCUUGUGUAUAAAUGCUUAUAUAUCCACCAUGUAGAAUGAGAAAAAGGCAAAAUGUACAUAAAAUGUCUUUUGUAUGAGAAGAUAUGUUUUCGUUUGUAUGUUCGGAUUUGGUAGUCAUAAGCUUGUGGCUAAGCCACGAAAAUAAUGAAAGAUCUUUUUGAAGGAUCUGAACUGUAAGUAAAUUGUCAGCACCAUCACCACACCCAUUUCAUUCAGUUAAAAAUUCAUUCAGUGAAUUCAGCAUCACUUGUCGUCAUUUUAAACAGCUUCACAUAGAUUUUAGAGGUAUAUGCAGAUUUCAUUGCUUGUUUAUCUCCAGAACUUCUUCUACACUUCUGCACUUAUUUCAUUUCCUUUGUCAAGAUUUUGAAACACUUCCUUUCUGUACUUCUACUUGGAAGAUUGCACUAGAUAAUCUGGUAUUGGGCUUGUUUUAAGGAUUGCUUCUCUGGGUAUAUUCCUCAGCCUUUACGAUCCACAGAGACUCUGGAUGAGAAUGCGAGAAAGAAGCUGCUUAUACGCUACCUUUUAUUUAAUCCUUGUGUCAUUUCUAAAAUAAAUUCACCCUUCCACACUGUAAUCAUGUCAAUCUCCGGUGCACUACAAACCUCAAGGUCGGCCAUAUUGGAUUGAUGGUGUUUAAGAUAAAAUCGUGCCCAGUCGGUUCUGGACAAUCAGUGGCACGAUUGAUUUACCUCAGUCUGUUGAUUGUAUCAUGCUGUGUGUAUGAACAGACUACCAUAAUUACACUUACAAAAUGGUACUGUAGAUGGUAAUACCAUGGUUGGUUUUGAUGUAUAUCGUGGUAAUUGCAUACUUCCUAGACUUCCUUGAUAGCACUAUUGGACAUUGUAUAAUUUGUAUCAAAAACCAUAGUAAUACCAUAGUACCAUAAUAUUUAUUUUUUGUAAGUGUAACAGAACUUUUGACCUAGCUGUUCUGAGUGCCUUCAUCUAUUCACCCUAAAACCGUCAGAUGUGGUUUUACAGUCUAUUACCAUACGUGAUGUGAUCUUUCUCAUGUAACCCACUCGUGUCUGUUCUGUAUUUUCCAGAAUUGGCAGAAUGUGCUCUGUCGAAUCUCCGAAAAGAUUGUUUAAUUCUUAAAACCAGGCACUUUAGUUAGUCAAUGACACAUGUACAGUAUGUCCCCAUAAAGAAUGUAAAUUUAAAGGCUUGUAAUGCCCGUUUCCAUAGUUUAUUUUCCCAAUGCCGUGUUCACCCACUGAUAUGAAAAGCAUGUUGUGAGGGGAUCCUGCGCUUACUGUAUUUCGAUUGUCCACUUUAGACAUUGUACUAACUAUAAGUUACUUUGCAACUACAUGUCUAAUAACUAUCAUGAGAGUAUUAAUAGACUGUUAGACAAUUUUUGUCAUCAAAAGAGAUUUUGUACGCAUAGGUCGCGCAUGCCCAUACAGGAGAAUGUAGUAUGUAGCCCAAGAGAUGCAUUGCAUUUUGUCGCAAUGUGCAUGUGUCGAUCGUCUGUGUGCACGUACGAGUCAAAUAAAUUAUACUUUGCAAGGCUGUGCAGUCGACCAUGCGCAGGCUUUAGGCUUAGGGAAGGGGUUAUGGUUAGGGAAAUAAGACAUGUAGAUGCAUAGUCAGUUGAAUGUCUGCUGGGUAAUCAUCACAAUGAGGUGUUAGUAGAUUUCAAUGAUGCACGGGUUGAUCCAAAAUGAGCAGGUGACUGUGGCCACUCGUGGUUACCCGCAGUUAUGAGUCAUCCAAAAUAUUUGUAAUGAUAUUCGGGUCACGGUCGGUCGGGUCGUUUUAAAUAAAGAUGCCAGUUAACUAUUUUAAACAAUUACUACUUUUUAGAAUUGCGGGUCGGGUACAAUAUCUACUUUGACCCGCGCAUCACUGGUAGAUAUUAAGCAGACAGUCUACUAAUAAUGACUGGUAGUUGACAAGAAGUUGCAAAGUUACUUAUAGUUUGUAAAAUGUCUAAAGUGGACCAUCGAAAUAAACCGAUCUUACUUAAGCAUUUGUCUGAUAAGCCUGAGUGUUGCACUGUUUCCUUUUCUUUUGUGGUUUUUGAAAUCUAAACCCUGCAAUAUGAACUUUGUACGGUCGAGGUAGAUAGAAAUGUACUCCGAUCUUUUGUCUCUUCUCAGUAAGGGCUCAGUAAAUGUUGUGACACUUGGCAGAUUUUAUGUUGCGGUUCUUAUCGACAGUUCUCCCGAUGAUGGCAGGAGCUGGUGAUUUUCACAUAAAUUGCAGAUACAUGCAAAUCUGCACUGGUUUGGUCAGUAUAACAGGCUAGUGGAGCAUCUAGCUUGCAAAAUAGUUGUACACUAAAAGUUUGUAAAGCGUCUGGAAAUUUGUUGUGCUUGGGUAAAUGUAUGAACAACAGCUAUGCAAUUAAACCUAUAGCUUUACUGAGAUUUUUGCGCAGAUAUUACCGCUCAACAAUAUGGAAAAUUGAUUUUGCUAAUCCAACCUUGAUGUGUUUUGAUUAGUUUGAGCCGGUCUGUUUAGACUUGAAACCGUAUGCUUUUGUGAGUUGGCGUUUGAUUUUGCUCCCGCCCUAUAUAGGAGGGUUUCACAGACCUGUUUUGUGUAGUUAAAGUCAUUGGUUAUGACAUUAACCCAUUGCAAUUAAAAUAUGAAAAUCAAACUGCUCAAAAAUAGUUCUUUCUAACUGAGAUCCGGUUACUUUGAAUACAAAUUUGUUGAUUCAAUUUUGAGAAAUGGAUUGUGACACUUUCAGGAACUCACCGAUUUGGUAGCGGAUAACUAUGAAUGAAGACACACAAGGUUUCUGUGGACUGGCUGCCCAAUUUUUUAUUCCUAGCAAACCAGCAGGUGAAAUCAAAGGUAUAUAAUCAUAAAUACAACAAUGGGUUAAAGAUUUGUAACAUGCAGUGCCUGCCAUUUUAAUUCUCGGCUUUGUUUUGUUUUAUUCAGUUAUGGAUACAAGUUUUGUUUAUCUAAUAAUGUUUUUGUACGGUCCAAUCAAGGAGCCAAACUUGCCAAAGCCUAUCAGUAACACGACCUCUAAUUGCUGCAACAUUUUCACAUUGACCAUUGUAUGAGGAGAUGCUAGGAAUAUGUUUGUUUUAAGGGCCGUCCUAAGGCUCAAAAUGGCUUUUAAAGGAGGUGAAGAAUACCUGUCAGUCACUAUUGCUGUUCAAAGGGGAGAAAAGCCAUUUAACGGGCUUUACAGUUAUGCAAUAUUUUAAUACAUCUGUCACCAACGAAUUGCCAAAAACACAGACACACCGCCUGCUCCCUUAAUGUUUUAUGAUGUCCCAAAAAAAACAGUGUAUGCUUCAGAUCCCAAUCAGUUUGGUUCAAGGUGCCCUUCUUUCUCAUAAGAACAAUGACUUUGUUUUGCUCCGUUUGUUAUUUGAAUUAUGAUUUAGUUUCUAUGAAUAUUUCUAUUGUUGUUGUUGUUAUUGUUUGUUUGUUUGUUUUUAAAGCAUGCUGUUUUCUCUACAUUUGGAGGCUGGUUUUGAGUUGAAAGAACGAAGGUUGAAAUGUGUUUCAGAGAGCAUUCUAAUGCAGUGUUAAAUUUCAAGGUUUUUGUUGGUUUUUCCUUCCUCUUUCUUUUUUUUUAAUCACAUUAUUCUUUACAAAUAUUACCAUAGUAGUUACUCAUUAAACGCUUGCUUGCUGCACAGAUAAACACACUUCACACCAGGAAGGGGCAUGUGGACAUUUAGUUCAGACACAUUCUGUGGAAGAAAUCACACGACUGGCACGCUAACAUACUUCUUUGUUCUUUUGGAAAGCGUCAGAUUUUUGUUAUUUGUCUGUGUUCCUCUAGAACCUCGCAAAAAUUCUGCAAAAGUCGGUAUGUCAAAGCGGACGAGAAACGACCGUUUUUCUCACGCACAACCCAACUAAAUUUGCCAUGUGUUUUUGAACUGGUGUGAGGGGGAGAUUACAGCUUUAACAAUAUUUCAUUAUAACAUUGUAUUCAGCCAUCGCUGUUCGCAAAGAAAUCGCUCAUGAAUACAAUACUGGAAGUGAGUAUGUUUCCCUAUGCAAAAAAUAAAAUGAAAAUGAAAUAAAAAAAUAAACAAAGCUAUGCUACAACUCAGAACCGACUCGUGUUGUUCUUCCAACAAGCUGGAUGCAUAAAAGACGUACGCAUUUUCGGGAGAUCAGGCUGUUUCGCCAUGUAUUUGUAAUGAUGUGUUAAAUGAGUGCACAGCAUCCUGUGGCAGGAAAUAUUUAGGUGUGUCAUCAUCAUUUUGAUGGACUAAGAUCAUCACUAAUUAGAAAGCAUAUCAUUUAAAUGUUUACAUUUAGGCAUUUGGCCUAAGCAACAUACAGUACAAUAAAAGGUUUACUUUUUA